AUGACCAAACAUAAAGCCGCUACCACUACGAAGCCUUCGGUGCGGCAGCCGUCUUUGGGUCGCCGCAUCCUGCAAAUGAGCUUCCGCACACAUCUCUUGAUCUCUGCCCUGCUGCGCAUUGUUUUAAUAUGCUACGGACAUAUCCACGAUAGUAGGUCGCCGGUUCCUUAUACGGAUAUUGACUACAAGGUGGUCACGGAUGGUGCCCGCCAGGUCUUAGCUGGCGGAAGCCCGUUUUCUAGGCACACGUACCGCUACAGUCCGAUUAUGGCGUACAUACAAACCUUAAACAUCCUCGUACAUCCUGCGUGGGGAAAGCUGGUCUAUGCCACCUUCGAUCUGCUUAUUGCCAUACUUAUUUACCGACUGGUGCAUAUGGAGAUCAAGAGCCAAUAUCAGAAAACCGUACAACACCUGCUCAGCAAGUUCAACAGGCCACGAGAGUCGGAUCAGUCGCUGGACGCUUUAGAUGAGAAGAGCCACCCCGAAAACUUGGCACGGGCAUCCGCAUGCUUUUGGCUCUACAACCCUUUGACGGCAGUCAUAUCGACUCGGGGCAGCGGCGAUUGCUUCUCAAGUUUCUUCGUGAUCCUGACCAUUUAUCUGCUGAUGAAAUCGGAGCACAAGGAGUCUAAGAGUUUGUGGCUUAUAUUUUGCGCGGGCCUAGCACACGGGCUGGUGAUCCAUCUCCGCCUGUACCCCUUGCUGUUUAGCUUGGGAUACUACUUGGCGCUGUCCACCAAGCUGACACGAACUCCACUAGAUUUCUUGUGGCAAAUCUUGCGUCCCAACACGCAGCAACUGUGCCUGGUAGUUGGAACCAUAUUGAGCCUGGUGGCCUUUACUUGGACGUUUUAUUUGAUGUACGGCUGGGAGUACAUCUACGAGGCUUACCUUUACCACUUUGUGCGCAAGGACCCGCGCCACAACUUUUCUGUCCAGUUCCUGAUGCAGUAUCUAGGCAGUACAGCUGAGACCUCGGCCCUCGUUAAGUUUCUUGUAAUGGCCCCUCAGAUCCUGCUUAUCCUGUACUUGAGCCUGAGCUUUGGCCAGUUUCGGCAGACGCUUCCCUUCUGCAUCUUCAUCGUGGCCUUUGUGAUAGUAACCUACAACUCGGUGGUGACGUCGCAAUACUUCAUCUGGUAUUUGGCUAUCCUGCCGCUGUGCCUAAACAAUUUUAAGCUACUCUCGUGGCGGAAAUGCUUCAGCCUCCUGGGCUUGUGGCUGCUCGCCCAGGCGCUGUGGCUUCUUCCCGCCUAUCUUUUGGAGUUCCGGACGUGGAACACCCUCUACUGGAUCGGAGUGCAAGGUGCCAUUUUCUUCGUCACCAAUGGCUACAUACUGGAGCAGCUUCUGAGUCAUUAUGGGUUUACCCAGUUUAAGAUUAGCUAUAGGAAGUUAUUAUAAAGCAAUCAUAAAACUUCAA